AUGAUUGUGUUAUUGGUUACACUGCUUUACCUCCAUCAAGGAUAUACACUUAUCCCGAUAAUUUCAGUUCAACUUGGUGAAACUGUAACCUUCACAUGUGAUCUGCGUAAGAAUUCACAGUUCAGCCGUAGAGAAGUCGACUGGUACAAGCAGAGUACCGGGGACUCUCUAAAAUUAAUAUGGACACUGAAGGAAUCUGCACAACCUGAGUUUUCUGCUGAGUUUAAUCAAUCAAGAUGGAAGGUUAAUUACAAUGAAAAUUCCACCAACCUGACCAUUUUGAGGGCAAACCAAGAGGACGAGGGAAUCUAUCACUGUGGAAUCACCGAGUGGUUCAAGAAUACUGAAUGGAGCGGCUCGUAUUUGUUAGUCAAAGGACGCACUCAAAGGACAUCAGACUAUACUGUUGUUCAGUCACCGCUGACAACAGUCCAGGAACCAGGAAACUCAGUGACUUUUCAGUGCUCAGUCUUCUCUGACUCUGACAAAAAGACAUGUCCCAGAGAUCUCACCGUGCUCUGGUUCAGAGCUGGAUCACAUAAAAGUUAUCCAAAAUUAAUCUACACUGACAGACACAAAAGUAAAGAAUGUGAUAAGAGAUCUGACCCCCAGAAGAGCUGCAAUUAUACUUUUUCUAAAAUCGUCAGCUCGUCUGAUGAAGGGACUUACUACUGUGCUGUGGCCACGUGUUGGGAAUUAUUCUUUGGAAAUGGAACUAAACUUCAAACAGAGCAAAAGGCAGGUUCUGAAUUUACUGUGCUGGUUAUAGCAAUAAUCUGCUUGUUUAUUUCUGUGAUUCUUAAUGUUGUUUGCAUCUGUUGCCGAACUCCAAGAGCAGCAUGUAAACAAUUUAAAGUUAUUGUUUUUAAAUCAACAUUAUGCCCAGAAAACAGCUCUUCACAAGCAAGACAAGAUGCCUUGAGCCAAACAAUGAAUGAACAUACUGAAAGUGGACAUGAUCUAAACUAUGCUGCACUGCAUUUCUCUGGAAAUAAAAGUGCAAGAGGAAGGAAGAAGAAGAAUGAAGUGGAAACUGAGGAAACGGUGUAUUCUCAUAUCAAAAGCAGAGUGUGA